CUUUAAUCAAAGUAUAUACAUGUGUGUUUCUAACUGCAGCUUAUAGAAUCUUAAGACACAUGAUUUCAAUCUUUUAAUAGAUAGAAGCUUACUCGAUUAAAAAUUCCCUACACAUUUCUCUGCUCUGCCUAACAAUUUAUAGUUCCUAGCAAACCCAAGCUGCCCUUAUACCUCCAAGUCCUCCCACAAACUUUCACCCAAAACGAUACCACAGCCAUCCAACGCUCAAUCCAGACGAGUACCAAAAUCCCUUAACUAUCCAAAACCCAUCAAAAACCAAACGCACAUACUCGUCCAUAUGAAUAUACAGCAUCAAAACAGUUAUGCUCCCAUUCCCACCACUCCCCCACAACAAUCAGGCAAAAGAUCAGCAAGCGCAUUGGCACCACCACCGCCCGCCCGCCCGCCGCCGCCCACCCAGCGGAUGCACUGGCGCCCCCAAUCAACAAAGAUCGUCACUUUCGCCCUCCUCACUCGGUCGGCGGCGCGGCGGCGGGCAGGUGCGGCCCCACGAUGUUCUUUUCGAGAGAGAUCAGCGAGUUGCAGUAGUUUAACCUAGGUAGGAAGCGUAGCUAAUUACUGGUCAAGUGCAAUUGGUGU